AUCAUGUCGAUGAGCCCAAAGCAUACGACUCCUUUCUCAGUGUCUGACAUCUUGAGUCCCUUGGAGGAAAGCUACAAGAAAGUGGGCAUGGAGGGUAGCAACUUGGGGGCUCCCUUGGCAGCCUACAGGCAGUCUCAGGUUUCUCAGCCAGCAAUGCAGCAGCACCCCAUGGGCCACAACGGGACAGUGACUGCUGCCUACCAUAUGACAGCGGCAGGCGUCCCCCAACUCUCCCAUACCACUAUGGGGGGCUACUGCAACGGCAACCUAGGCAACAUGGGCGAGCUUCCACCUUACCAGGAGACCAUGAGGAACAGUGCUUCAGCCACAGGAUGGUACGGGGCCAACCCGGACCCGCGCUUCUCUACAAUAUCCCGCUUUAUGGGGCCGUCUUCUGGAAUGAACAUGGGCGGCAUGGGGAGCUUGAGCUCGCUGGGAGACGUUAGCAAGAGCAUGGCACCUCUCCAGAGCACUCCACGGAGGAAACGCAGGGUCCUUUUCUCCCAGGCCCAGGUUUACGAGCUGGAGAGACGUUUCAAGCAGCAGAAAUACCUCUCGGCUCCGGAGAGAGAGCAUUUAGCCAGCAUGAUACAUCUCACUCCGACUCAGGUCAAAAUCUGGUUUCAGAACCACCGCUACAAGAUGAAACGCCAGGCCAAAGACAAAGCUGCGCAGCAGCAGAUGCAACAGGACAACAGCUCUUGCCAACAGCAGCAGUCUCCCAGAAGAGUGGCGGUGCCCGUGCUUGUCAAGGAUGGCAAGCCAUGUCAAGCCAGCUCCAACACACCGACGGCAGCUAUCCAGACCCACCAGCAGCAGGCAGCUGCAGCAAUCACAGUGGCUACCAAUGGCAACAGCCUUGGACAGCAUCAGAACCACCAGCCAAACAGUGCAGGGCAAUCUCCAGACCUGGGACAGCACUCAGCCAGCCCUUCGUCUCUCCAGAGCCAGGUCUCCAGUUUGUCUCACUUAAACUCUUCUAGUUCUGACUAUGGCACUGCCAUGUCUUGCUCUACCUUGCUCUACGGUAGGACCUGGUGA